GCCCACUUACGCCCGGGCGGCCUAGGGCCACCGGUCUCUGGAGGACCCAGAACAAGCCAUGGCGUCCGGCGGGCCGAGGGUGCUGGUAGUGGGCGGCGGGAUCGCGGGGCUGGGCGCUGCGCAGAGGCUCUGCCGCCACCCGGCUGCUCCACACCUGCGGGUCCUGGAGGCCACCGCCCGCGCCGGGGGCCGCAUCCGCUCGGAACGCUGCUUCGGUGGUGUAGUGGAGCUGGGUGCACACUGGAUCCAUGGGCCCUCCCAGGGCAAUCCUGUCUUCCAGCUGGCUGCGGAGAUCGGGCUCCUGGGGGAGAAAGAAUUAUCAGAGGAAAACCAGCUGAUGGAGACAGCAGGGCACGUGGUCCUGCCCUCCAUGAGCUGUACCAGCUCUGGAAAAAGUGUGAGCCUGGAGCUGGUGAUGGAGAUGGCCAGCCUGUUUUAUGGACUCAUAGACCGGACCCGAGAGUUUCUGAAUGCACCUGAGACCCCAGUGGCCAGCGUUGGAGAGUUCCUCAAGACGGAGCUAAGUCAGCAGGUGGCUGACUGGACUGAGGACGAGGGCACCAAGAAGCUCAAGCUGGCUAUCCUGAACACCUUCUUCAACGUAGAGUGUUGUGUGAGCGGCACCCACAGCAUGGACCUGGUGGCUCUUGCGCCGUUCGGGGAGUAUACAGUGUUGCCGGGGCUGGAUUGCACCUUGGCUGGUGGCUACCAAGGACUUACCAACCACAUACUGGCGUCCUUGCCCGAGGAUUCGAUGGUUUUUGACAAGCCGGUGAAGACCAUUCACUGGAAUGGGUCCUUCCAGGAAGCUGCUUUCUCAGGGGAGACCUUCCCCGUGUUGGUGGAGUGUGAAGAUGGUACCCGUCUGCCUGCCCAUCAUGUCAUCGUCACAGUGCCCUUAGGUUUUCUCAAAGAACAUCAAGAGACCUUCUUUGAGCCACCACUGCCUGCCAAAAAGGCAGAAGCCAUCAGAAAACUCGGCUUUGGUACCAACAACAAAAUCUUCUUGGAGUUCGAGGAGCCCUUCUGGGAGCCCGGCUGCCAGUUCAUCCAGGUGGUAUGGGAGGACUCAUCACCGCUACAGGACACAGCCCUCUCGCUGCAGGACACCUGGUUCAAGAAGCUCAUUGGCUUUUUGGUCCUGCCUCCUUUCGAGUCUUCACAUGUGCUGUGUGGGUUCAUUGCUGGGCUCGAGUCAGAGUUUAUGGAGACUCUGUCGGAUGAGGAAGUGCUUCUGUCUCUAACCCAAGUGCUCCGGAGAGUGACAGGAAAUCCACAACUGCCAGUGGCCAAGAGUGUGCUGAGGUCUCGUUGGCACAGCGCUCCAUAUACCCGAGGCUCCUACAGCUAUGUGGCCGUGGGCAGCACGGGCGAAGACUUAGAUGUGAUGGCUCAGCCCCUCCCUGCUGAUGGAACUGGCGCCCAGCUCCAGGUACUCUUUGCUGGGGAAGCCACACAUCGGACGUUUUAUUCCACCACGCACGGGGCUCUCCUGUCUGGCCGGAGGGAAGCUGAUCGCCUCAUUGGUCUGUGGGACUCACAGGUGCAGCGGUCCCGGCCCAGGCUGUGAGUGCCUGCUGCUCGACUCUACCACGCGGGAUGACCAAGCCCCUCUGUCUGUGUCUGUUCCGUACGUGAUUUUCAGUUUGGCUUGAAGCUUUGGGAUCUUGCUGGGAGCUUUAAUUUUGGGAACGUGGUCUCGUUUCUCCUCUCUGUUGUUGGAAUGUGACUCGGUCUGAUCAUGGA